AACGGCGGCGGCGGGCGGGCCGGCGGGGCGGGCGCUUUGGAAGCUGCCGUUUUCAGAUUAAAGGAUUUGUCUGAAGACAAAGCAUUCUAUUCAUCGGUGACUGGACAAGAGUUACUUUCGCUUUUAGCAAUUAAAGAUGAUGUUGUCAUGGAAACAGUUGAUCCUGCUUUCAUUCAUUGGCUGCCUAAGAGGUGAGCUUCUCUUACAAGGUCCAGUAUUUAUCAAAGAACCCAGCAGCAGCAUUUUCCCUGUUGAUUCAGAGGAUAAAAAAAUAACUUUAAAUUGUGAAGCAAGAGGCAACCCUUCACCUCAUUACAGAUGGCAGCUGAAUGGAAGUGAUAUUGAUCUGAGUAUGGAAUAUCAUUAUAAGUUGGAUGGAGGAAAUCUUGUGGUCACUGACCCCAACAGAAAUUGGGAUACAGGAAUUUACCAGUGCUUUGCAACUAAUUUGCUGGGAACAAUUGUCAGCAGAGAAGCUAAACUCCAGUUUGCCUAUCUUGAAAAUUUUAAAACCAAAAUGAGAAGCACAGUGUCAGUCCGUGAAGGCCAGGGAGUUGUUCUGCUCUGUGGUCCCCCACCUCACUCCGGAGAACUAUCAUAUGCUUGGAUCUUCAAUGAAUACCCAUCGUUUGUUGAAGAAGAUAGUCGGAGAUUUGUCUCUCAGAAGACAGGGCAUCUCUACAUAGCCAAAGUGGAGCCCUCUGAUGUGGGAAAUUACACAUGUGUGGUGACGAGUAUGGUGACAAACACCAGGGUACUAGGUUCUCCAACUCCUCUGGUUUUGCGUUCCGAUGGUGUGAUGGGUGAAUAUGAACCCAAAAUAGAAGUUCAGUUUCCAGAAACUCUUCCAGCAGCUAAAGGUUCUACUGUGAAAUUGGAAUGCUUUGCCCUUGGAAAUCCUGUACCUCAGAUUAAUUGGAGAAGAAGUGAUGGACUACCAUUUUCCAGUAAACUUAAAUUGAGGAAAUUCAAUGGUAUGCUUGAAAUUCCCAAUUUCCAACAAGAAGAUGCAGGUUCAUAUGAAUGCAUUGCUGAAAAUUCUCGAGGAAAAAAUAUCGCCAGAGGGCGUCUCACUUACUUUGCAAAGCCUCACUGGGUUCAGAUCAUCAAGGAUGUGGAAAUAGCUGUGGAGGACAAUCUUUAUUGGGAAUGCCGGGCAAGUGGGAAGCCCAAACCCUCGUACCGCUGGUUGAAAAAUGGAGAGGCCCUGGUGCUAGAGGAGAGAGUACAGAUAGAAAAUGGUGCCCUUACAAUAGCAAGCCUAAAUGUGACUGAUUCUGGCAUGUUCCAGUGUAUAGCAGAAAACAAGCAUGGCCUCAUUUAUUCCAGUGCUGAACUCAAGGUUGUUGCUUCUGCUCCGGAUUUUUCAAAGAACCCCAUGAGAAAGCUGGUUCAGGUGCAGGCGGGCAGCCUGGUGAGCUUGGACUGUAAACCCAGAGCCUCCCCCAGGGCUCUUUCCUCCUGGAAGAAGGGAGAUACAGUUGUGCAGGAGAAUGACAGAAUUUCAUUCUUAAAAGAUGGAGGGCUCAAAAUAGUCAAUGUGACUAAAGCUGAUGUUGGAACCUAUACCUGCACAGCAGAAAACCAGUUUGGGAAAGCAAAUGGCACAACCAGCUUGGUUGUUACAGAACCAACAAGAAUAACUUUGGCACCAUCAAAUAUGGACGUCGCGGUUGGCGAGAGCAUCAUUUUGCCCUGCCAGGUGCAGCACGACCCCCUGUUAGACAUCAUGUUUACCUGGUAUUUCAAUGGAGUCCUCACAGAUUUUAAGAAAGAAGGAUCUCACUUUGAGAAAGUCGGUGGGAGUUCAUCUGGUGAUUUAAUGAUCAGAAACAUUCAGCUGAAGCACAGUGGAAAGUACGUUUGUAUGGUGCAGACAGAGGUGGACAGUGUCUCAUCUGCUGCUGACCUCAUAGUCAGAGGUUCACCUGGACCACCAGGAAAUGUGAAGGUGGAUGAAAUUACAGAUACAACAGCCCAACUCUCUUGGAAAGAAGGCACGGAUAACCACAGCCCAGUUAUAUCGUAUUCUGUCCAGGCCAGGACACCCUUCUCUGUGGGUUGGCAAACGGUCACCACAGUGCCUGAGGUCAUCGAUGGGAAAACACACACAGCUACUGUAGUUGAGUUAAACCCAUGGGUGGAAUACGAAUUUCGGGUUGUAGCCAGCAACAAAAUUGGAGGUGGAGAACCCAGUUUACCCUCAGAAAAAGUAAGAACUGAAGAGGCAGUUCCCGAAGUGCCUCCUUCAGAAGUCAGUGGAGGGGGCGGAAGCCGCUCUGAACUGGUGAUAACCUGGGAUCCAGUUCCUGAAGAACUACAAAAUGGUGAAGGUUUUGGAUAUGUUGUUGCUUUCCGCCCUCUUGGGGCUACCAACUGGAUUCAGACAGUGGUGACAUCCCCCGAAACCCCAAGAUAUGUAUUCAGGAAUGAAAGCAUUGUGCCAUUUUCACGCUAUGAAGUUAAAGUGGGUGUUUAUAAUAACAAAGGUGAAGGGCCAUUUAGCCCAGUGACAGCAGUGUUCUCUGCAGAAGAAGAGCCAACAGUAGCUCCAUCUCAGGUGUCUGCAAAUAGCCUGUCUUCCUCAGAAAUUGAAGUUUCAUGGAAUGCUAUUCCUUGGAAGUUGAGCAAUGGACAUUUACUUGGCUAUGAGGUGCGGUACUGGAAUAAUGGAGAAGAAGAGGAAUCAUCAAGUAAAGUGAAAGUGGCAGGAAGCGAGACAUCAGCCAGACUCCACGGCCUGAAGAGCAACCUGGCAUAUUACACAGCUGUCCGGGCUUACAACAGCGCUGGUUCCGGGCCUUUUAGUGUCACAGUUAAUGCAACCACCAAGAAAACACCUCCAAGUCAGCCACCUGGAAAUGUUGUUUGGAAUGCCACAAAUACUAAAGUGUUACUUAAUUGGGAGCAAGUCAGAGCAAUGGAGAAUGAAUCAGAAGUAACAGGAUAUAAAGUUUUCUAUAGGACUAGCAGUCAAAAUAAUGUGCAAGUCCUGAGCACAAAUAACACUUCAGCUGAACUUUUGCUGCCCAUUAAAGAGGACUACAUUAUUGAAGUAAAGGCCACAACAGAUGGAGGGGAUGGGACCAGUAGUGAACAGAUCAGGAUUCCAAGAAUAACCAAUAUGGAUGCCCGAGGAUCCACUUCAGCAAACUUGAAUGUCCACCCUAUGUCAAGUUAUAUACCUAUAGUACUGUUCUUUAUUAUAAAUGCUCUGUGGUGAUAGUAACUCUUUUAUUAUUAUUGUUAUUAUUAUUAUUAUUAUUUACUGGAAAGUUAAUUGAUUACCAAAAAAAGUGCUUUAUGAAAUGCAGUGAAUAUGCAUGUUUUUUUUCCCCAACUCUGUAUUUUUAACAUUCUACUUCAUUAUAGGUAAAAUAUGAAUACAAUAAACAAAACACAGUAAAUCCUUUUAGGGAAAUCUGAAAUGCCUUAAUAUUUACUUGAUGAACCAAAGGAAUUUACAUAUCGCAUACUCAGAAUUUUGAUAUAAAUGUUCUUAAACUAUGAGUUUAAACACUGCCUAUGGAUAAAGACACACUUCCACUCGUACGUCCACACAAAAGAUUUUUUAAGCUGAAAAAGUUUUAUUUAAGCCAAAUGCGAUUUGGAAGACUUAAUCAGUAUCAUUGUGAAAAUGCUCAUGUUAAUCCCCAAGGGUGAAAAAUGCAUUUUAAAAAAUUAUUCUCCUUGGAAGAAGUGAUUAAACAGUGUUUUGGGAAAGUGAUUAAACAGUGAUUAAACAGUGUUUUGGGAAAAUGCUAAACUAUAUCUUGGAAGAGUGCUAUUUGGGUCAGAACACUCCUAAUCGAUUGUGAGACUACGAAUCUCUUUACUCUCUCUACCUCUCAAUUACUCAUCUAUGAAAUGGGGAGAUAAUCAUACCCAUGUUAUCUGCCUCUGCCCAGGAAUUAGUUAUUAAAAGAUAAAGAAGGAUAUGUAAAAGUGCUUUGUUACCUUCAGUGCAUGGCCUGUGGAAAGUGUUAGUAUGACUUUCUUUAACCAUAUAAAGUCAUGAUUACCAGCCACAUUUUAAAGCUUACAUUCCAUUGUAGAUAAUGCUUUCUUUUUCAUUAAAUGAUAUAAAAUGGAAAUGACUACAUUUUAUCUGUUCUCAAAAAUUAGAAAAAGCGUUUUAAAAUAAAAAUAAUUAUUACCCCCACACCUAUGAUCAAGCUUUCAGAUUUUAUUAAAAUAUGGUGGAUAAAAUAAGGAACAACCUAAAUCUCAACCAAAUAUUAUGCAAAAUUGUCAUGAUCCUUCAUUUCCAAUUUCUGAUUCCAUUAAGGGAGCCUCUCUUUUUUGGAUGGCAGAGACGGUUUUUAAUGAAAUCCAGCCAUCUGAGUGAGUCUGGCAGGCUUUUUAGUUCCUGAGUUAAAUCCGUAUUAGAACCACGGCAGCGUUGCCAACUUUGAUGUGUAUGACUCACUCUUUCAAUAUGUGGUUUUCAAAAGAUUGUUGAAGACAUGACUUCAUAGCAAUAUGUAAAGAAUUUAUGAAUUCUGGCAGAUUGAGCAUUAGACAUUGCAAAAUCAAUUUUUACUUCUUUCUUACCACUUUCACAUGUUGCAGGAACUUGUUCUUAUUUCCAAAGAUAUCCGAUUUUGAAACCAAGUUUAAAUAUCAAGAAAGGAAAAAAUAGCAAAAUUCUUAUAUCACCAUAAAACAUUACUUUACAUUUAGACAUACAUUUAAAAUAAAGUAAUUGUACAUAGAGGAAAGAAAUAUUUAUAGCUCCUCCAUCUGUAUAUACUGUAUAUAUCUAGAAAAAAUCUGAGUGACUUGUAGGUUUCAUAUGACCAUUGUUAUUUCCAGUCAAAAUGUGGGAAAUCACUUUCUCCAAUUUCUGUAUUUUAUGCUAAAUAUAAUGAGGUUAUACCUUUUUAUUAAUUAGUAAUUCUUAUAAUGUGUUCCUAUACUUUUCAUUUUCCAGAUAAUUACUCUGUUUCAUGUCAUUUCUAGCAAAAUAUCUCUAUGAGAUAUGUACCUUGUUUCAUAUUGAAAAGUAUGAAAUUUACCUUUAAACUCCUUUGUGUGUAUC